AUGGCUCUGUGGACUGGGCUGGGUCAGGCCGCGACGGUGGCGCAGCUGGUCGGCACAGACGUCGGCGGGCUCAUCUCUAUGAUUGUGCAGGCUGCGCUAACGGCUCGGCAGAAUAGGUCCGAGUGUGAGCAGCUCAUGCGUCGGGUCCUUAUGAUCGCCCAGCUGCUGCCUCACGUGCAGGAACCAGAGGCGGCUCGGCCGCUGGCUGAGCUGGGCGACACACUUCGGGAUGCCCAAGAGCUCGUCAUGUCCUGCCAAGGCAGGAGCGCCGCGUACCAGUUCGUCAUGGCCGGGAGGCAGGCCGAAAAGUUCCGGGCCGUGCAUAGCAGGAUUGACUCCUAUCUAUUCCUCUUCCCUGUGAUCAGCCACAUUGGCAUAACACGUCGCCUUGGACUAACCUACAAUGUCCUUGUACGAGAGGAUUCCAACGUAGUAGAACCGUCCUCACUUGCACAACUGCAGGUAUGUACAACUUGA